UCCUGCCCAGUUCAAGGCCCGAGGGUGGGGUCUCCCCUCAUCCUGGCCAGCGCUGAUUGGCGCUUGCUAAGGACCGGAAGGGACCCAGUGCAGGUUCUGGGGUGCCUGGGGUAGCUGUCUCCCUUGGCUCUCUGCCCUUAGGCGCCCUGUACCCCAUCACUGUUCUGCACCCCACACCAGGCUGGAGACUUCCCUCGUCUGCUGCCCCCUCUCUGGCCAGGGUUUGGGAUGGUUCUUUCGUUUGCUUUGCCUGUGUCUGUUUUCGGCAGGCACUGGGUCUGGGCCCUGCUCCUGCUCAGCAGUGGAGCCGGAAGUCCCUGUCCCGGAGGCGCUCAUGGGCACACGUGUGCUUGGUGCUGGCCCGAGUGCGGAUGCAGCGGAGGGAGGCUGCGGGGGGAAGAUGCUGCCUCCUAGGUCCACAGAAGAGCUCAGGCUGCGUGCUCCAGGGCGCAGAGCGGGAGGCUGCGGGAGGUCCUGACCUCUGUGCUACAGAGGGUGGGGAAGAGGGGCAGGCGGCCAGCCCGUUGUCCGGGAGUUUCGGGCAGAGCUGCCUGGUGCUGGCUGUUGCUGGGUGGCGGUAAGGAUUGAAGCUGAAAGGUUUGGUCUGAUCCGGUCCGGCCAGCGAGUUUUGUUGCCUGGAUGAGGAGUCUGUCCCUGGAGGAAUCUGGGACAUGAUGGGAGUGCAGAGGGGAGAGGAGGGCUGGUGCCUGGGAGCCGGGAGCGAGCGCUGUUCAUCUUUCCAAAGCCUGGGCUCAGAGGAGAAACAGGCAUGGAGGGGUCGAGGGGCUGCCCUUGCUCCCCACAUGCAGCUGCCUCCCUGACGCUGAGUCUUGGCCAGGCCUGCGGGGGCAGGAUGGAGAUGCUGAGAGACAAGAGCAUGCAGGAGCUGGAGGACAUGCAGAGUGACCCCGAGGCCAUCGGCCGGCUGGCCCUGGAGUCCCCAGAGGUCCAGGACCUGCAGCUGGAGCGGGAGAUGGCCCUGGCCACUAACCGGAGCCUGGCCGAGCGGAACCUGGAGUUCCAGGGCCCCCUGGAGAUCAGCCGCUCCAACCUCUCCGACAAGUACCAGGAGCUGCACAGGCUGGUGGAGCAGUGCCAGGAGCAGAAGGCCAGGCUGGAGAAGUUUUCUUCCUCCCUGCAGCCGGCAGCCUUGCUGGACCUUCUGCAGAUCGAAGGCCUGAAGAUCGAGGAGGAGUCUGAGGCGAUGGCCGAGAAGUUCCUGGAGGGCUUGGUGCCGCUGGAGCAGUUCCUGGAGGGCUUCCCUGCCAUGCGGACGCUGUCACACCUGCGCCGUGUGCGGGUGGAGAAGCUGCAGGACGUGGUGAGGAGGCCCCGCGUGCCCCAGGAGCCUCGUCCUGCUGCCCAGGCUGCACCCUCUGUAGCCGAGGAGGCCCCACAGCCACAGCCGCCCCCGGCCACCGCAGCCCCGUGCCCCUUGCCCUGUGGCCUGCUGCCUGGCCUGCCCAUUGGCCCUGUGGCCCAGGGUGCCCUGCCGCCCGCCCCCUUCCCCGUGGGGGCCCAGCCCUUGGCCUACGGGGCGCCUCCUGGACCCAGACCCGGGGUGCCUACAGGCUACCCCUGGCCCACCUCCGGGGCUGCGCUGCCCCGCCCGAGCUAUCCCACAGCCCCGAGCAGCACCUCAGGCCCUGGGUACCCCUUGGCGGGUGGCCGGGCCCCCAGCCCUGGCUAUCCGCAGCAGGCGGCCUUUCUCCCGAUGGCAGGGCAGCCCCCCUACCCCACGCAGCCCCCGCUCCCAGGCUUCCCCGCGCAGCCCCCGUACCCCGGCAGGCCCAGGCCUCCCUAUGGGUUCCCCCCGCCCUCGGGGCCGGCCUGGCCGGGGUACUAGGUGGGCCCAGGUCCUCCAGGCACCAUGGCCCUUGCCCACCUGGCGCACAGACCCAGGGGCGGCAGGAGUGGCGUGCCCUGUGGACGCGGCCUUAGCAGUGUGACUGAGCCAAUGCCGUCGCCUGAGCCUGCCCCGGUGGGGUGUCUGGGCCUGCGCUGUGGCCCUGCCCGGCCUGCAGGGUUGCAGUGAGGAGAGCAGAUCUUCCCCCUACAGAGCCACAACUUAACCCGGCCCGCUGCUGUGGGCCUGGGCCUGGGCCGGGCUGGCCCUGUGAGCCGUGUGUCAGUCACCUGGGCUCCGGCUGUGGAGGAGUGGCUGGAGUCCAGGGCUCUCGGCGGGCGUGGGGGGCCAGCCUGCACCCCGCCCCUCCUUUCGUGCCUUGGCUCUCACGAGCAGCCCCUCCACGCUGCCCACCCCGUGUAACCUCCCCACCCUGGGACAGGCUGGAUGUCCCUGUACCGGCCCCUUCUGCGUGCCACGGCAGGCGCGCAUGCUCAGGACUGAGAGGGACGGCGGGCGGGGGAGGCCAGCGGGGCAGGAAGCGUGUGUGCCUUGCAGCACCCUGCCCGGCCUCCACCUCGACCUCAACUCGACCUCCUGUGGGCGGGGGGCACAGGCACUGAGGACGCCUGGCCCGGGGGGCUGUCGGGUGUGUGUGGUGCCGGGCAAGGCCAGGGCCUCCGCUGUGGCCACUGCCAGCUUCAAGCCUGAGGGGUCCCUGGAGCCCGGCCUGGCGUGGCCGUCGGUGUUCGAGUCAUGCAUCGCCUCAAUAAAAGUGGGCGAGUCA